UAUGUUAAUUUUGCUUAUUUUCUUUGUCUGCAAACUGAGUAUAGAUAUUCAAGUGUUCUAUAGAUCAUAGGUUAUUCUUUCAUUCCAAUUCCAAUUCCAACACAGCACACAAUUUGUUCAGUGUGCCAAGCGACAAGACAACAAUGUCGUUUUUAAGGUAUGUUGCUUGUGUUUCCUUUCCCAAUUCUAGAUCAUACUCUCACUGUCUCCAACAUUUCAAUGAUGAUGCUGUUGAUGCUGUUUCCUUGUUCAAUCGAUUGCUCCAAACGAAACCCACCCCACCCGCCAUUGAAUUUGGCAAGAUUUUAGGUUCUCUUGUCAAAGCCAAACAUUAUCCCACUGUUGUUUCCCUUUCUCAACAGAUGGAAUUGAGUAGAGUUACUCCUGAUUUUGUAACUCACAACAUCAUCAUCAAUUCUCUCUCUCAAUUAGGUCAUAUUACUUUUGCUUUUUCUGUUUUGGGGAAGAUUCUCAAGAGGGGUUAUCUCCCAGAUGCUAUAACCUUGACUGCAUUCAUCAAGGGUUUCUGUCUCAAAGGUGAACUUCAUAAAGCAUUGCAAUUUCAUGACAAGGUGGUAGCUCGCGGAUUUCAUUUCAACCAAGUUAGCUAUGGGACAUUGAUCAAUGGUUUAUGUAAACUUGGAGAAACAACUGCAGCACUACAGUUGCUCAGACGAGUUGAUGGAAAGUUGGUUCAACCUGAUGUGGUAAUGUACACUACGAUUAUUGACAGCAUGUGCAAAGAUAAACUUGUUAACAAUGCAUGUGAUUUAUAUUCUGAAAUGGUUGUUAAGAGAAUUUCUCCUAAUGUUUUCACUUACAAUGCUUUAAUUAAUGGCUUUUGCAUUGUUGGUAGAUUGAAAGAAGCAAUUUAUUUGUUUAAUAAAAUGACAUUGGAAAAAAUCUACCCGGAUGUGUAUACUUUUAGUAUAUUGGUUGAUGCUUUUUGUAAGGAAGGAAAGGUGAAAGAAGCACAAAAUGUGUUAGCUAUGAUGAUUAAAAAAGACAUUAAACUUAAUGUUGUUACGUAUAACUCUUUAAUGAAUGGAUAUUGUCAUGCAAAUGAAGUGAGCAAGGCCAAUGAUAUAUUCAACAUUAUGUCCAAAAGGGGAGUGAUUGCUGAUGUUUGGAGCUACAGUACCAUGAUAGUUGGAUUUUGUAAGGUUAAAAUGGUGGAUGAAGCUAUUAAUCUCUUCAAAGAAAUGCGUUGCAGAAAAAUCAUUCCCAAUACGGUAACUUACAGCUCCCUUAUUGAUGGUUUGUGCAAAUCGAGGAAAAUCUCACAUGCUUUAGAGCUUGUCGAAGAGAUGCAUGAUAGAGGUCAACCCCCGGAUAUAAUUACUUACACCUCUAUAUUGGAUGCUUUAUGCAAAAGUCACCAUGUUGACAAGGCAAUUGCAUUGUUAAGAAAAGUUCAAGACCAAGGUAUUCGACCAAAUUUGUAUACAUAUACUAUUCUUAUGACGGGACUGUGCCGAGAUGGAAGGCUUAAGAAUGCACAAGAGAUUUUUCAAGAUCUUUUAAGUAAAGGCUACAAUAUAGAUGUCUUUGCAUAUACUGUUAUGAUCAAAGGGUUUUGUGACAAGGGCUAUUUUGAUGAAGCCUUGGCCUUGCUGUCAAAAAUGAAAAAGAAUGGCCUCAUUCCAAAUGCUAAAAUUUAUGAAAUAAUUAUUCUUUCGUUGUUCAAAAAAAAUGAAAAUGAUAUGGCGGAAAAACUUCUUCGUGAAAUGAUUAUGAGAGGUCUAUUGUAAGAUUCAAACCAGGUUAGAUGUUUUUCUAUUUAUACAUUGUUAUUUUGAAUUUAUAUAUAAACGUUGUCGUAUCAUUUAAUUUAUGUACCUGCCCUUUCCCUUAACAGGAAAAGGCUUUAUAGUUGUUGUUUCUUUUGUUAAGUUUGUUUACGAAAACAUCUAUAGAUCUUGUUUCCUGUUUCCUCCCA